CAUAAUCUGUGGGCUACACAAAAACACUAUUUAAUUUUUGCAAAUAUUUUUGCUACCGUAAAAUAGACCUCCAAGCUAAAUUGUGUUAAUAGUUUCUUGUUCUAAGUUCUUAGUACUUGCUAAAUAUAAUACUAAUUAGCACCACAAAGGUGAAACAGACGUCCACUAAUCGCUACAUCAGAUUCAAGCAACUUUAUUAUUUAUUUCAGAAUUACAGAUAAAAGUUUUUAUUCCUACCCAUUCAAAUUAAUUCGGGUAAAUUCUUGUUCUUCUGAAUUACUGAUACCUAUCUAAGGAAAAGAAGACUUAUCAAUAAAAAUUCAUUCAAUUCAUCAUCAGUCAUGGAUGUACCUAUGGUGUCAUUUCCGCAAUCAAUGGAUUUUCCACCAGAUCAAAUAGCAAUGGAUACAGCAGAGGUUGUUGAGAAACCCACCUCACAACCUGCGGAGUUAACAGGACCUCAGAGUGGAAGACAUGAAGAAUUUUCAGUUGAAAAGGUUUUGGACAGGAGAGUUAAAAAUGGAAAAGUUGAAUAUCUUUUAAAAUGGAAAGGAUACUCAAAUGAAGAUAAUACAUGGGAACCUGAAGAUAACUUAGAUUGUCCAGAACUAAUAUCUGCUUAUGAAGAAGCACGGCUAAAGAGGGAGCGGGAAGCUCCUCCUCCAACAGAGGCUGUAGAUGAAGGUCAAACCACAAGGAAGCGGUCAAAAAGAGGCGAUAAGAAGAAAAAUAGAGUAGAGGAGAUAGAAAAACCUAGAGGGCUAGCUAGGGGUCUGGCUCCAGAGAAAAUCUUGGCUGGACAACUUUUCCAUGGAACUCUCUUUUUUUUAGUUCAAUGGGAAAACUGUACUGAAGUGGAUGUAGUCCCAGGCCAUGACUUAGGUCAAGCUUACCCUGACUUUGUAAUACGGUAUUAUGAAUCUUGUGCACCAUUUAGUGUAAGGCACCCAGUUGGCUUAGUGCCUAGGCCUGCCCCUGAGCUUCCAAUAGAAGAGCCAGAACCAAAUACAGAUGCCCCAAUGGAGGUCAAUGAACCCUUACCAGAGGUCAAUGACCCCGUACCUGAGACGACUGAAUUACCCGCAGAACAACAAGAAACACUACCAAUUACGGAAAGUGAAUCCCAACCGUUAGAAGUUCCUGUUAACUGAGACUUUGUUGCUUAGACUCACAUUUGUGUCCGUUUUAUGUAGUUGCCUCAGUUUAUUUGUGAUAGAAAAAUGUAAUAAUUAAUCUUAGGUCGACAAGUCUAGUGUCAAAAUAAUAACAUUUCAUUAAAAUAUUUAUUUACUCCUGCUAAAAGCAGAGCCUAUACAUAAGAACAAAACUGUAGCUUCAUAUAUCUAACCAAUAGUAAACGCAAUAAUGAUACAUGUGUGUAUUUGGAACAAUACGACUAACAUCGCUUUUUGAAUAGUAUUUGUAAAACAUACGUGGUUCAAGUAUUACGUCACGAAAUUUUUGGAGAUUCUUCCAUUAUGAGGUGUAAAGUACUGGGAAGUCGAAAAUAAUAUUAUCAAUAACGCGUAAUUCAAUCCCCGCCCCGCAUCGUAACCUAUUACAAGAGGAACCCCCCCCCCCCCCCACAAAUUCUUUACGUAAUACUCGAACGGCCCCUACCCAAUGUUUAAAAAAAUAACAACCAUGAUAAGUUUCUGCAGAGAUUAGUAAAAAUAAAAUAGACUUUACGUUUGGAUAAGUUCCUUUAACGUAGCACAAAUUAUUAAAUAUUAAUGUGCCAAUUAAGUCCUUUCUGCGGUAGAGGGCGUUAUAUUCAUUUUACAAAGUCAGUUUUAGUUUAUUUUACUGAGGUGGUUACUAUACAAAAUAAGAUUGAAAUUGAUCAUUUUAAACCGACUUCAGAAAAAGAAGGCGGUUUUUUUUUAUUUUAAGUAUUAGUUUAAAGAAGCUCUAAGAGAUAUACGAUAUGUUUUGGUUGUCAAAAUAAAUAGUUCAAUUAAAAUCAAUGCAAUUAUAUAUGAGAGUCAUAUUUCUAAGUCCCGGCUCUGAAUCGUGUUAAGUAGACGUUGCGUGCUAAAGCUCAAAAUUUAUGUAUCGUAGUUCAAAUCGAAGACAAGGACAUUCCUAGUAUUAGCUACUUAAAUAUUUUUUAGAUAACUAUAGGCUUCAAAAUAAUUAUAUCGACAAGGAAAGAAAUAAAAUGUU